AUGCGGCGACCCCACAGGAUCACAGAGCUCUCCCGGGUGUCCGGCCGCAGGUUUGGGCCGGAGAUGACCGACGGCCAGCUGCACUCCUGGCGCUCCCUUCCUGAGAAGCCCGCGUGUGUCCGGAGUGCCCUGUCGACCACACCCAAGCGCCCUCUGGGCUGGGGACGGAAGAACUCUGGAGCCGUAAGGCGAUUCUUCCCCAAGACCCGUGGGUUCGCCGCCCAAGACAUCCACUGCCAGGCUGGUGCGCUCCGCCGCGCGGCCACCGUCCGAGUCCCGCUGGACGGCGUGCGUUGGACGGAAGCGCCCAGGGGCCGGCCUUGUCCCCGGCAGGGAGCGCGCGCGGGGGCCAGGACCGCUCCUCCCCGCCGGGCUCCUGCGGACCCCGGGUGCUCAGGCGGCCUGGCUCGGAUCGCCGCCGCCGGGGUCCGGCUGCCGACAGUUCCUCCCCGGAACCGCCGAGCCGUUCCGGCCUCGCCAGGGGGCCCACCCGGGAGCCUUUCCCCGCCGUCCCCGCCGCCCUGGCCGUAUCGCUCCCGGAAUCUCAGCGAGUUUCCAGUUUCUCCCCACCUCGGGAGGGAACCAAGCAGCAGAAGGAGUUCAGGUAACACUCCGGGGCUGCAGAGAUUUUCCCGAAACAAAGAAACGGGUAGACAACUCUGUCCUUGUUCCCCAAAAGAAAACGCGCACCCCUGCUCCCCAGCUCCGGGCCGCAGAAGGCCGGUGGUCCAGCAGCCGACUGUGGCCGAGGCGCCGACCCCGAGGCACCCACUACUCCGACCAGUGAGCCAGAGACUCGAAGCAAAAGGUGCCCGGGCCGCGCGCAGCCAACGCGGUGGCCGGGGGGCCUCCGAACGGCGCACCAAGGGAUCCCAGGAGGGUCGCAGCCUCCAGCCCCACCGAGGGCCCUUUGCCCGGCCCAGCCCGGAGAGUCCCGCCGGUGUUAAGGACGCACCUGCCGCGCGCACGCCGCGCACACCUGGCCUCCCGUCCAGUCGCUGCCACCCAGCACGGGGGGCGCUUGACUUGUCUUCCGGCGCCCAGACCUUCCUUUUGCGCCCGGGGCCCGCACGCCAGACUCGCACAGAGAACCGGCCGCGCGCGCGACUUACCCGCGGGGCUCCCUGGCCGGGCGCUCUCCGCCUCUUGCCUUCCUCCUCCGCCGCCUCCGCCUCCCCCUCCUCGCUCGUCUUCCUCGGCCCGGCGCGGAGUCCCCGACGCUCCCCGGCGCUCGCUUAAAUCCCGGGAGGCGGUGUCCGACUGCCAGGAUGUCCUGGUGGCCCGAGUUAAACCUUCCAGGUCGCGUGGGACCCAGGUCGCGUGGGACGGAUAAAGAUUUAGUGAGGUCCGGAGCCGACCACCAAGAAAGAAUUCUUGAGACCUCUGUGAUGCAGAACAGUGGUUUAUUAAAGCCGAGGACAGGACCCGAGGGCAGAUGAGGCGUGGCCUGUUUUAGACCUGCAGGUUGGAAGGUGAAGCUUCACGAAGGUUUUGCUGGCGUGUGCACAGCUCCCUGAGCCUGCGAUCGGGCUGGGUAGCCCGAGGGACCUCCGCGCGAGAGCACCCUUGCCAUCAGCACGAAGCUAGCUCCAGGGAACAAAGGCUCCUCCAUCAAAACAGACCGCGUGGAGAAAACUAGAAACUGAGUUCCUCUUGCUGUCAUUGAACUGCUGCGUCACACCGGCUCUGAAGUGAAGCCCGCUUGCGACUUCUUUUGUGAAUAAUUACGGCAGAAUUUGCAGGAAAACUUGGGAAAUCCUCAGCCACAGGAGUGAAGUAGAAGUAUGUAUCCGGGGAAGGGAAGAAGGAAUCCUAAUGGCAGGCCCAGAGCCCGAUACGGAGCUGGAUCUCAUGACCCUGAGAUCAGGAUCCCGGCCAAAGCCAAGAGCCAGGCACUUGACUGACUGUGCCACCCAGAUGCCCCUAGAAGCCAGGGUUUUUAAAGAUAACUUAGCAGAGGGGCGCCUGAUUCAAAGCAGUCUGUUAAGCCUCUGCCUUCAGCUGAGGUCAUGAUCUCAGGGUCCUCGGAUCGAGC